CGAGACGGUUGCGUGCGGGAGGGCAAUGCCGAGCCCAUUUGCUUUCUCCCUCGACUCGGGAACCCCCAGCGUUAUGACCUAAGAGCAAAGCAAAGCAAAGCAACAGCGCAUAUGUAAAAGUGUGGGACCCGCUCAAUUGCUCACUUCGCUGCUUCUGUUGUGCUCGCUUGGCCCCGCUUUGGCGUCCCCGAUCUCGGCUGUUUGUGGGUGUUCACAAAGAUCAGCCACUUAGGUUGGAACGCAUGCAGGCCGUCAUGGGUCACCGCAUCUGCACCACGAGCAGAAGCAAUGAAGCUGCACGACGAGCAUCUGCUUGGACGGCAUCUGCUCGGACGAGCAUCUGCUUGCACGAGCUUGAUGUAAAUUUUGCGACCAAUUCGUCGGUGUGUUGGUCGCAAUUCCAUCUACACCCGCCAGCACAGUGAUUUGCAAUGGUGGGGGGCGUUGCAUGGGAUGGCAUGGCAUGCCUUGUCUUUCGGCAGCUCAUAUCCUGCCUCGGGUGUAUAGUCGAUGUGAUGAGAGAGAUGAGCUUUUGGGCUUUUCACUAUGCUGGCAUUAUGUGUGUGGUCGCGUCCUUGAAGUGAUGUAUCUCUACUUGCAUCCUCGUCGGCAUGGAGCCGUCGGUUCACAUGCCGGUGGCUGCGUGCGGAUGAGGCGGGGGAAGAGAUCCGUCAGUGGGAGCAUGAGUGGAGUGUGUGUGCGGUCCAUACGGCAGCUGCCGCAUGCCAUGACCAGAGAGAAGGAAGGUUGAUCUGUUUCUGUCGGUGUGCUUCGUGGCGAUUCGUCCUGCGCUUAUGUUUCCAGUCUGGCAGGCCAUCGACCACAAGGCGGCUCUGCAUCGAUGGCCCUGGGGUUGGACACAUCAGUGCAGUGGAGGAUCUGCCUCACGCAAUUGUGCCCUCUUGCUUAGACUGACAGAUAGACGGACUGUGGACAGCUUCGCGAUGAGCCGAGUGUGACAUGACCUUUCAAUGGCGUUGCCCGUGUCUGUUCGGCAGUCGAUCGAUCACUCACAAGGGUCGCCCUCACACAUGGCAUCAAUCGAGGUGACGCUCCCUCACUGCUGGCCUGUCUAUCGUGUUCAGGAGUGGAAGUGUUUCUUGUGCAGCCGCACCUGCUUGACCACCGGCCAGGCCGUCUUCUUGAUGUCCACACACACGACUGACCCUCAGGCGUCUGAAGCACCAGUAAAACAACCACACACAACCACACAGACAUCCACGUCGAUGACAUCCGCGUGAGUGUGCAUAUGUACCCUCGGGCAGGCGGUGAGCAGGGUCUUGACCUCCCGCUCGUCGAUGGCGGCGUCGGUCAGCUGAUGAGACAGCUCCUUGGCACUCAACUCCUCGCCACAUCGAUCCAACGCCUGACAGGGAGGGAGGCAGACAUCAGGACUGCAGUUGUUGGGCUGUGUGUGGUGGCCAGCCUGCCUGUUCCAGUUGGGAUGCGAAGGCAGCGGCGGCUUCGUCUCCGAUGCUGUCCACCUCCUGUGCACGCACACUCUUCUCAAACGACAGCAUCGAAGGGAUCACAACUGCACGCCUCACACACAGAGAGGAAUCAGAUAAGUGGAUGGAUUGGUCAUGUGUUGGCUGCGUGUCUGAGACGGACCGACAGCACGGGGGAUGAAGUCUCCGUACGACACACGGCCGUCGGGCUCCUGCAGGCACCCACACAGACACACGUGAGCCAUCAAUUGCCUGGCCAUGCUGCAUCUGUCUGCCUGACCAGUGUGGCCUCGGACAUGACGGUGUAGAUCUGGAAGCGCGUGAGGCCGAGCUUGACCGAGUGGAUGAGGUCGAUCAU